CGCCUUUAACGUGUCCCUUUCCAAGAUGGCGGUCUAAGCGCAACGUCAUCAAACAGGAAGAGAAUUGUCAAGUUCUUGUGUGCUUCGCUGAUAAGGACAUCAUGGCGAUGCUGGGAAGCUUUGGUGGAACUCAGAGAACUGCUGAGAGCCUCGGUGGUGGAGGAGACGGGGACUUGACCGAGUUUGUCUGUCCGGUGUGUCUCGAAAUAUUUGACUCCCCGAUGAUCACAGAGUGUGGACACAAAUACUGCAACAGUUGCCUUCAGGAGUGUUUGCGACCCAAGAAGCCGGUGUGUGCUGUGUGCAGAGCUGCUUUGGAGAAAUGGGGGAAAGACAGCGAUCUGGAGGAUUUAAUCCACAAAACAGACAAACCAUGCAAGGGCUGUGGGCAAAUGAUCAAGCUCUCAGAGAUGAGGGCUCACAUGGCAAGCUGCUCUAAAUAUCAGUACUACAUCCAGGAAGAGCUGAAGAACAUCACGCACACUCAGCCUGCUGCAGUCGGCUCCGUCCCGAACCGCUACACGUUCACCUGCCCCUACUGCGACUGCCCCAACUUCGACCAGGACGGCCUAGUGGAGCACUGCACCUCCCAGCAUGCCCAUGACCCACGCCAUGUGGUUUGUCCAAUCUGCGCCUCCAUGCCGUGGGGAGAUCCGUCCUACAAGAGCUCAGACUUCUUUCGGCAUCUCCGGUUAAGACACACUUUCUCUUAUGACACAUUUGUGGAUUACACCGCAGACGAGGACGCCAUGAUGCAGGAAGCCAUCCAGCGCUCACUCAUGGAUAACUGAGGGUUCUCAGGUGAACAGGAGAACAUGCCAAGUCUGUGGUUUACAGCACAACUCCAAUAAUCACUCAGCUCCAGGGUUUAAACACCAUGUAUCCGAAGUGCUUUUUUUUUUUUUUUCCUUUCUCCCUCUCUUUAAAUCUGUUUAAUCAAAUCUGUUUGAAUGAGUGAAUGAGUGAGCGAGCAAGGAGUGUUUUAUCUAGCCAAUAAUCAACAUGUACAGAGUCUCAGAUAAAUAAAUAAAUAAAUAUUCAGCCAUAAUUUUCUGUCCGUUUUAUAUUUCGGACUCUGUGUGUGUGUGUGUGUGAGAGAGAGAGAGAGCGAGAGAGAGGUUUUAGCAAUCAGACCACAGCUGUAUCAUGGACUCGGUAUCAUUAAAAUGCAGUUUGUGAGUAAUGGGCUUGAAAGUGUAGAGACCUUUUUUUGAGAACUGACAGGGACCCAGUUAAGCUGAUAAACAUCUUUAUUUACUCACUCGUUUGUUUAAAGAAAGAGUAUUUCAGUGCCUUUUCCAGUUCAGGUCUUUAUACUCCCGGUUCUUGAUUUGCAUCUUUUAUGUACUCGUAUAUGGAUUAUUAUUAUUAUUAUUAUUAUUAUCUGAUGUUAAACAGAACCAUGAAGAGCUCUCACAGCUGGGCUGCUGUUUAUUUACACUCUGUAGUAUAUAACAGGAAAUUCUGCAUCUAUAAUACCACAAAAAAAUAAAAUAAAGGUUUUUAAAAAUUC